GGAAACAGAUCAAUUUGGACCGGGGGGUGUUCAGUUCUGUUUUACCAUCUAUGAGAAAGUGAGUCGUCGAACUUGAGCAAUAAUCAGAGCGACAGCCCUGCAAAAGCGAAAGAAAGAUCAAAGAUGAACACAGACAUAACGGCUUCGGUGAAACCUGAGUACCCAGUUGUAGAUCGAAACCCUCCUUUCACCAAAGUCGUUGGCAAUUUCAACACCCUCGAUUACCUCCGUUUCGUUACUAUCACUGGGGUUUCUGUCACCGUCGGCUACCUCUCUGGGAUAAAACCGGGAAUAAAAGGGCCGUCAAUGGUGACAGGGGGGCUGAUAGGGCUAAUGGGAGGGUUUAUGUACGCCUACCAGAACUCAGCGGGUCGACUCAUGGGAUUUUUCCCUAAUGAGGGUGAGGUCGCUCGUUACCAGAAACGUGGAUUCAACAACUAGACUUCUUUCGUUCUUUCUUUCUCCUUUAUUCCCUUUUUUGUUAUAAAUGUUUGUCAAAGAUAUUUUGGAUGUCAAUAAUCACAUUGCUUUCGCUGAUUUCGUUUCAAGGCUUUUGUUUUGCUGCUGUAUUUUUAGGGGCUUUAAAAAGUGACUUUUGGGUCUAAUAUCCCAAUGAUGGGAGUGUUAUCCCUUUUCCUUCUCAUUGAAUGAUUGUUAGAAGGUACCGAUCUUUUUUUUUUUUAAUUAUUCUUUUUAUGUUGUUUUUCUGAAUUGGAUUUGUUGGAGUGAACUUCUGCCUUUUAUGACUGCAUACAUCCUUGGGAUGCAAUUGAUCAGUGCAAAACUGAUAUUCUGUCUGCAGAAUAAAUGAGACCAACAUUUGAGUUUUCAUUGCUGGGUUUGCCCUAACAAGUUACAUUAAAUUGAAAAUAUUUUAGUUUAUGUUU